AUGGAGAAGAAAAGUAGUGACAUCUGGAAUCACUUUUCAGUGAUAAAUAAUGAGAAGGCAAAGUGUUCAUACUGUUCAAAUCCAAUUUCGUAUAAAGGGGGUUCAACUACAAAUUUAACCAAACAUUUAAAAAGGAAACACUAUGUACAAUACGAAGCUAGAAAAAUUCCACGUUUAGAAAUGGUAGAGCAAAAUUUAGACGAACAUGAACCUGAUGAACCUAACGAGAAAAGACCACAAACCUCACAACCUCAAACUUUAAGUUGUCAACCUUCCACAACGACCAACAUAAAUACAAAAAAAACACACCCAUUACAAACUCGAGUAGAUUCAUAUAUUAUGAAACCGAUUUCUCUAAAUAAACAAAAAAUACUCGACGAACAGUUAGCAAUUAUGAUUGCAAAAGAGUUUCAACCAUUUAGUUUGGUGGAAAAUGAAGAAUUUAAAAAAUUCGUUCAUCUAUUAAAUCCUGGGUACAAAUUACCAUCUAGAAAAACAGUAUCAAAAUCAUUAUUACCACAGCUACUCAAUGAAACUAAAGAAAGAGUGAAAAAUACUUUAAAUAAUGCUCAAUUUAUAGCGUUUACUACUGAUGGUUGGACCUCAAUAAAUAAUGAUAGCUUUGUUGCCGUGACCGUUCAUUUUAUUCAUACAACAGAAUGUGUUUUAAAGUCUUUUUUACUUGGGUGUUUUAAUUUUGAAAAAUCUCAUUCUAGUAAUAAUUUGUCGGUGUUUUUAAAAGAUUGUUUUAAUGAAUGGAAUAUUAGUGAAAAAAUUAAGGUUGCUGUCACUGACAAUGCGGCAAAUAUAACAGCAGCAAUCAAAAUGAAUAAAAACUGGCGUCAUAUACCAUGUUUAGCUCACACAAUAAAUUUAAUUGCUCAAGCUGGACUAGAAGAAAUAAACCACGUAUACAAAAAAGUUAAGAAAGUUGUCGAGUUUUUUAAACGAAGUACACAAUCAUAUAAAAAAUUAAAAAAUGCACAAACUCAAAUGGGUUAUCCAGAAUUGAAACUGAUUCAAGACGUUACUACGCGCUGGAAUUCAACUUUUGACAUGUUUCAAAGGUGUAUACUAAUUAAAGAACCACUCAUUUCCACAAUUGCUAUAAUAGGUAACGUAGACAAUUUGACUAACGAAGAUUUUGAAAUAAUGCAACACUAUUGUGAAAUAUUUAAGCCCUUUAAAGAAGCCACUGUUGAACUUAGUUCUGAAAAAGGCGUUUCAAUUUCUAAAGUCUUAAUUAUAACUCAAAUGUUACACUCUCACAUUAAAAAUAAUAUACAGAACAUUCAACUACCACAUACAAUUCAUUUGAUGCUUUCUAAAAUGCUAACGAAAGCCGAUAAAAAGUUUGAAGGUAUUGAAAAUCAACGAGUAUUAACAGAGGCAACUUUAUUAGAUCCGCGUUUUAAAAAAAAAGCAUUUGAUAACCAUAUUAUAUACCAGCGUACGUACGAUCAAAUCGUAGAAAAAAUUGCGGCAAUAAUUAAAAGAAAUAAAAAUAAUGACGAACAUAAUAUAAAUACACCAUUGAACAAUAAUGCAAUAGAAAAUGAAACAUCUGAAAUUUGGAAACACUUCGAUGCACAGGUGUCAACACCAACAUUAAGUACACCAACAUCUGAAGCUAUUGAGGAGAUCGACAGAUAUAUAAGUGAGCCGUUACUCGACAGGAAAUCAGAUCCACUUAAGUGGUGGAAUAAUAGAAGAAAUAUCUAUCCAAAUUUGUUUGAGAUGAUGUUAUUAAGGUUGUGUGUGCCGUCGAGUUCUGUUCCGUGUGAACGAAUCUUUUCAAAAGCCGGAUAUACUAUUUCAGAAAGACGUAGCAGGUUAUCGUUAAAAAACGUUGAAAUAUUAAUGUUUUUAAAUAGUAAUUAUUAA